AGUGGGUCUGAACAGUUUCAGGGUCAACUUCCAGUUGUAGAGGGGUGAUCCGGUAGUCCUCCUCCCUUUUCCCCUUCUCCUUCCAGAGGAGGUUUCUAUUCAUUCUUCCCUUGAACUCCCUCUCUUUCCUUGGAACCUCCGUUGCCUUAACCUCUAUUCUUCUUUCCUCUGUGGCUUUGAUUUCCCCUUUUCUUUUCAAAGUCUAAGUGCAACAGAUUUUUCCGGAGCUCCUUUUCGUCCUUCCUACUCUUCCUCACCCCUUCUUCUCUUUUACAUUUGGAUCACUGGGUACUAGGUAACAGUCAAUCAACCAAGCAACUAGAAGAUAAGUCAGGAGCGGGUGAAAAAGAGAACCGUUAAGCAAGUAUGACAGACAAAACGGGAGGCGGAGAUGAUGCCGGAAGCAUCAUGGCGUUGCUGGAGCGCGUGGCGGGCCUCAUGGACAGCGUCCAGACCACGCAGCAGCGAAUGGAGGAGCGUCAGGUGGAGCUGGAGAACACGGUAAAGACCAUCCAGGCCGACGUUGUCAAGCUGACUAACACCCAUGCCAACACCAGUUCCACCGUCGACCGUCUGCUGGAGAAGACGCGCAAGGUCAGCCGCCACAUCAAGGACGUCAGAGUGCGUGUGGAGAACCAGAACAUCAGGGUGAAGAAGGUGGAGGCCACCCAGGGAGACCUCCUGGCCAAGAACAAGUUCAGGGUGGUCAUUUAUCAGGGUGACCAGGAGGUGAAGGCUGUCACACCAGGCAACGAACCAGCAGAACCUAGCAGCAGCAGCGGCGCCAGAGCCGAGGUGGAACCGGACAAGUUUGAGCUUCCCCCAGAGUCGGACGAGGAGUACAUGGUGGUGGAGGAGGCAGACUCCUCGUCAGCCGGCCGCAUGAAAAAGACCGGGCUGACACGCAUUGAGAGCUUCAAAGCCACCUUCUCCAAGGAGAACAUGAGCAAGACCCGUGAGAACCUGGGCACCAAGGUCAACAAGUUUGGUGAGCGCAUCGUGACAGCUGAGAGGCGCGAGAAGAUCCGCCAGUCUGGUGAGAGGCUGAAGCAGUCGGGUGAGAGGCUGAAGGAGACCAUCACCAAGAGCGUCCCAGCAAAGCUCAAUCUGAAGAAGGAGAGGACUGUGGCAGAGGGCCAGGAAGGAGCUGAGGGUGGCACAGAGGGCGCCGUUCCCGUCCCUCCGCCCAAAGGCCGAAAGGGCAGUCCUGACGCCGCCAAGGCGGCUGACGAUGAGGGCAAGCCGGAGGAAUCUGAGGUGCCAAUGUACGAUAUGAAGCAGCUAUCGUAAACCGUGAGACAGUGACAAGAUCUGGGCCGUUUUCUUUUGGACCACUGAGACCACACAGAUGCAAUGAACGUGAAGUUUUUAAAAGGUUGCUGCUACCAAGCAAGAGUGCAAAUAAUCAAGAUUAACAUUUGUUUGAACGUUGUUGAAGGAAGUGAGAGGGAACAGGCCGGUCACAGAUCCAAUCUGACUGAACAUCAAGACAACAACCAAACAGAUUCCUGAAAUCACUGCGGUUAUUUCAUAUGCAGUUACGCAUGUUCUGGUCAUUUAUUAUCAAAUCAGCAAAUAUAUAUAUAGUAUUUUUUUUUGUUUUGUGUUCAAUAUACACUGACUUUGGGAAAAUAAAUGAACAAAGUGUUCAGAACUUCUUCCCAGGACAUUUCCCAACAUCACUCUGCUGCUGUUCACUUGUUUUUUGCAUGUUGGUGAGAUUGAAAUGUUGGAUGAUAAAGCUAUAACAGGGUUAUAGUACGUUCAGUUCUGUGAAAUGUUUGGAGAAAAAGUGAUAAGAGUUUUGGACUCAUUAUAGGUGAAAUAAUUAAAGUCUUUCACUGGGGAUCGACUUGAAUAAACAAACAAAUUUCUGUUUGGCAGCAACAAUCAGGAUGAGAGGUUCUUUGUUCCUGUAGAGGUCUUCACAAGUCCAAAAAUCUGGACCUCUACUACAUAUAUCAACACACAGACCUGAGACUCACUGAAAAAGAAUGACACACUACCCAGACCCAGUUAGAUAUAGAAAGUAAUUUGGAUAUAAAUAAUUUCCCCCUGGGAUUAUUAAAGUAUUUCUGAUUCUGAUAUGUCCACAGACUACAAAGACCAAUCGUAAGUGGAAAUGUUAUUGACCACAAUCACUACCGUUUUAUCUAAUAUGGGGCAGGUUUGAUACAAUGACUGUACAGAGAAGAGCGACUUUAUUGGCCGUUGAGGCAUUUCCGUACACAACCAAUAUGCUGAUGUGGGACUGUUUCUGUUGAAUCCUCUAUCACGUCAGUAUAACACGACCUGUGUGGUAGAUUUUCUCUAUUAAACUACAGAUACAGCUUUUGUUAAAAAAGAUGUGUGCCAUACUUUCAAUUGGAUUUGAUAAGUUUAAUUUGCCAACUUCGGCAGAGGAGUGUUCAAAAAAUACAACUGAGGGGGAUAAGACCCCUUGUGGCGCCGAAGAUGAACUGUGAGGGACGAUGCCACUUCACCACCCUUUUAUGAAAAUACAUAUACAUUAAAAUUGUUGAUUGAAUAAUAAAGAUCUAAAUAAUGUAUUAAUUACUAUUUAAACUGUGUAUUGUAUAGUGUGUUAGUGUUACUUGUGUUUGAGUGAGAGAACUGUUUUGUAGCUACAGUUUUAAUUAGCAUUUAGUCAUUAAAGGUCAGAAUUCCUGAUUAAUUUGAAAGGAAAUUAAGUAAUAAAAUUCUGGUAGUUUUAUUUUGGAGCAGGCAGACAAUUUCAUUUGGUAUUUUUCCCCCACAUUUUCAGUUUUCCCUGUGUUUCAUUUUAGAGCAGUUGGGUAACUUUUUUAGCAAAACUGCAAAUUGGAGCAUAAAAACCGUAAAAAUUUAUCUUUGGCUCUGAGCAACAGCUCAUGUCAUCAUGAUGAAAAUAAAGCUAAGGGAUUUUCACCUGACAGCAGUGAUGUAACGGCGCUGUUGCUGAUGUUUAUUCUGUAAUAUAUUUACAGUAUUGUUGGUGUUUUUUAGCAUUCGUUAGUGAGUGACUGCAUGGCUGUAGUUUGUUAGAGAUAUUAAAGCAGGUUUGUGUUUGACUCAUGUUAUAAAAGUUCACUUGAAUUAUUUCUGUAA